AUGGCACAUAGUGCAGCCCAAGAUAUUUUUCCUGUUAUUCCUGGAGACACAGAUUAUCGAAUAUUUUCCCAAGAUUAUGGCAACAUUCCUAGGCUGGAUAUCAUCUUUCUCCUUGGUGGUUAUUUUUAUCAUACCUCCUAUGAUACAAUGGAGAGACUAUUACCCGAAAGCAUCCAAGCACGUGGAGAAAAUUUGAUCAGCCUAAUUAAGGCAUUCACCAAUUCUUCUAAGCUACAGAAUACCCAUGAUAGAGAAUCUUUUGCCACUACUUCCAAUGAAUAUACAAACGAACGGGCUAUUUUCUUUGAUUACUUAACAUGGUUCAUGAUAUUCUAUUCAAGAAGAGUUGCUGUGGUACUUCACAGUAUUCCUGUUGCCAUCUUCCUUAAGUGUUCCCUUCAUUAUGUGUUUACUGUAUUCUGGAUUGCGUUCUUGGUUUGCAAUCUUCUGUGA